GUUUGAUUUCUUGAAAUGGGUGAAAGAAUGAAUCAAGAAGAAGUGGUUUGUUAGAGAAAACAGAGGAUGUUAAACGGAUGUUUCUUGCUUUCUUGAUGCAUAAGAGAGUAGUUUACAGCAAGAAGCAAUUCUGCGGAGAAAAGAGAGUUUCUGGUGAUGCUAGCGAGGUCAUGGAUCUUAAGGUUAUAUCCCUUACGAGGGCCGCACUACUGAGAAGCUUGAUUUAUUGGAAUGGGUGAAAGAAUGAAUCAAGAAGAAGUGGUUUGGUAGAGAAAACAGGAUGUUAAACGGAUGUUUCUUGCUUUCUUGAUGCAUAGGAGAGUAGUUUAAAGAAAGAAGCAAUUCUGCGGAGAAAAUAGAGCUUUUGGUGCUGCUAGCGAGGUUAUGGAUCUUAAGGUUAUAUCGCUUACGAGGGCCGUAGUUUGCUGUCUUCUAGUUUUCUCUUUAGCUGUGGUGCCGGGUCUGGAAAAUUUAAAGCUUUUCAUCUUUGGAGCUCAAGAAAGAAAAUAAAAGGGAAUUACUUCUAAAAGUCUUGAAUUUCUUGGGCGAGGAUAGUAGCAUAACUACUCUGGCUUCAAGUAAUGAAAGCAUUUUCUUUAGGUAGUGUCAAAAUCAUGGUUUUAUUCUGAAUAAAAAAGUUCAUUUUUCAAUUCGUAGUGGGUAAGAUGCUACCCAUGACUAUAUUUUAAUCAAGUAUAUGAUGAUAGCAGAGCUUAGAGCAUUUGCUACUAUCCAAGAAAGGUUUGCAAAAGAUCAUUUUAUUUUUCCCAGGAUUGGUUCUCUUGUGAUGUCCCUACCUUGAUAGUGACCCUGCCAAUCCGAGCUUCAUUCAAGUGAAGCCCCUUUUUCUUGAUUCUGUAUUGAUCCAUAACCAUCCUUUCUAUCCUUUGUAGAUAUCCCACAUGAAAUUUGUGAUGAGGGGAUUUACCUCUCCCUCCUCUACCGCAAGUCGAGAUUUUAUAAUAAGGUGGUCUUGGGUACAAGCUCGACUUUGAAGUUCAAUAUGCUAUAGUGUUAUUCUCCAUAGUCACAUGUGGUUCUCUUUAUUCUCCCUGUUCACAGCAUCUCUAUCUCAUUCCUCAGAUUGCUUUAGCUGCCUUUUUUUCUCUUUAUAUACUCUCUUCCUAUAGUCUGGGAUUAAGGCUUAGUUGAGUUGAGUCGAGUUGCACACUCUCUUUUCUAUAGAUCUCCUUUGCAUCAGUUUGCCUUUUGCUUCUCCCUUAGAUGUCCAUUAUGCUAUUCACAGGGUCAUCACAUCAUUUACCUAGGUUCCUUAAUUUGAUUGAAGACUGCCUUAUGAUUGAUUUUGAAGACACUUUGCUCCCUUAUGAUUUAUAUCAAAGUUAUAAAUCAUAAUUUAUAUCAAAGUGUUUCAUGAUUUAUAUUGAAGUGCAAAAAAAUCAUAAUGAAGUCAUCGCCUUGCCAGUUAGCUUCAGGAGCUUUUGAUUUGGUUCUGUGCAGAAGUCGUGAGUGGCUUCAGACACCUUUACUGUUUUCGGUUCUGCACCUUAGAAAAAAGUGCCUAUCUAGCUGAUCAGUAAAAAAAGAUCAAACCUACAAUGUGAAAGAUCUUUACUGCAAGUUAAUCAAAAUUAAAUGCCAAGUGCAGGCAAAUGGCAAAUAAAAUUCAAUAAUAGAAAUGGUACUUGGAUUGUAUUUAGUUGGCUAUUAUACAGUUGAAACAGAUCUGAAUUUCGUUUCACCAUUUUAGGUGAUCAUCAAGGAAGAAAUGAGUUGGAUUAGUUGCAUGUUAUAGUCAUUGCCUCCAUUCUAGAAUCUCUUAGCCCCUUCAACCAGUGGUAUUAUUUAAAUUCCAUCUACUUUUCUAGGCUAGCUGGGUUUGUCAUGGACCUCUUCUAUUUUAAUGAGACCAUAUUGUACUAGGGCAGGCAGACAAUCCUCUUAGUCAAUUUAAAGUAAUCGAAAGGCACUGGAAUCAAGAAGAGCUGUUUGUUGAUACCUGUACAACAAUAUCAUUCUUGUAGAGACUUUAUCAGUAUAUGAUAAAUCAGUUCUCUUCUUGUCAUGGCUCUCCAUCAAAUCUGAAGUAGUACAUUUUGGGUAAGGAACCUCCUGCUGUUGAGAUGCAGAUAACCUGAAGGAAGUCUGCUGCUCCAUUUACUUCACAAGAAAGAGAGAUAUUUUUGCUCAAAAAGACAGAUUCACAUACUAGACGCCAGGAUGGUUAACUUCGGAAAGAGAUUAAUGGCAGAUCAAGUUCAGGAAUGGAAGGGAUACUACAUUAACUACAAGUUAAUGAAGAAGAAAGUAAAGCAGUAUGUUCAGCAGACUCAGGCAGGUGGAAAAGAUCGUCGCCAGGUUCUUAAGGAGUUCUCAAGGAUGUUAGAUGACCAGAUUGAAAAGACUGUCCUCUUUCUGUUGGAACAACAAGGUCUUCUUGCAAGCAGAAUUCAGAAAUUGGGAGAGCAGCGUACAAUUCUCUUAGAGCAGCCAGAUAUAUCCCAAAUAUAUCAACUACGUGAAGUGUAUAGGACAGUAGGGCAAGAUCUACUGAAGCUUCUUAGGUUUGUUGAGAUGAAUGCUACUGGUAUUCGCAAGAUACUGAAAAAAUUUGAUAAGCGCUUUGGUUAUAGAUUCACUGAUUACUAUGUUACUACUCGAGCAAAUCAUCCUUAUUCUCAGCUGCAACAGGUCUUCAAGCAUGUGGGAAUAGUGGCUGUUGUAGGUGCCUUAUCUCGCAACCUUGCAGAUUUCCAGGAUCGUCAAGGAAGCUAUUUAUCCAUUUAUGAUCAGCCAUCUGUACCUCUCAAGGACCCUGUUAUAGACCAAAUAAAUGCAUCAGUAGACAGGCUAACACAUUCAACAAAUUUCCUUCAAUUCUUAGGCCAGCAUGCACUUAUUGUUCAAGAAGAUAUACCAAGUGCAGCAGAGGAUCAUGUUGAUGACCAAAGAUACCAUUUUAUAUCUCUUCUCCUGAACUUGGCAAACACUUUCCUUUAUAUGGUCAACACAUACAUUAUUGUCCCAACUGCAGAUGACUACGCGUUGAGCCUUGGUGCUGCAGCAACAGUAUGUGGUGUAAUUAUUGGGUCAAUGGCUAUUGCACAAGUAUUCUCUUCAAUCUAUUUUAGUGCAUGGUCAAACAAGUCAUACUUCAGACCGCUUGUAUUUAGCAGCAUCAUGCUCUUUAUGGGAAAUAUGUUGUAUGCUUUGGCUUAUGAUCUUAACUCAAUAGCUAUUCUUCUGAUUGGUCGCCUUUUAUGUGGGUUGGGUUCUGCUAGGGCUGUAAAUCGUCGUUACAUUAGUGAUUGUGUGCCUCUUAAAAUUCGCAUGCAAGCCUCUGCAGGUUUUGUUAGUGCUAGUGCUCUUGGAAUGGCUUGUGGUCCUGCCCUCGCUGGCUUGCUCCAAAUAAAGUUCAAGCUUUACUCUCUGACAUUUAAUCAAAGCACCUUACCAGGAUGGGUUAUGGCUCUGGCUUGGCUUGUGUAUUUAUUUUGGUUGUGCAUUUCAUUUAGAGAGCCAGACCAUGACAGCAAAGAAGGCCUUCCUCCACAGGAUGUUGAUGCUGGACACUUGGAAAAUGAGAGACUAGAGAAUGGUCUUGUGCAACCUCUUCUCAUAAAUUCAAAUGAGAAGCAAGAUGAAGAUGGAGAGGAAGAUUUUGAGGACAGUGAAGAAGCCUCUGAAGAGUCCCACGGGCCUGCAACUUCUAUUGCUUCAGCCUAUAGACUGCUUACACCAUCUGUGAAGGUCCAGUUGUUGAUCUAUUUCAUGCUCAAAUAUGCAAUGGAGAUUUUACUUUCCGAGUCAAGUGUCAUUACCACAUUAUACUUUAGUUGGUCUACCAGCACAGUGGCCAUUUUUCUAGCAAUCCUUGGACUGACAGUUCUUCCAGUAAAUGCCAUUGUUGGAAGCUACCUUACCAACAUGUUCGAGGACAGGCAAAUCCUGUUGGCAUCUGAAAUUCUGGUGUUGGUAGGUAUAAUUCUAAGCUUCCGUGUCACAAGACUGUACUCUGUGCCGCAAUAUGUCUGCUCAGCACUCAUCACCUUCGUAUCUUCUGAAGUGCUUGAAGGGGUCAAUCUAUCCCUUCUUUCUCGAGUUAUGUCAUCCCGGCUUGCCCGUGGUACCUACAAUGGUGGCUUGCUGUCAACCGAAGCUGGGACCUUGGCUCGGGUGGUUGCUGAUGGCACUAUCACAUUGGCUGGCUACUUGGGUGAAGACCAGCUCCUAAAUGUCACCCUGCUACCUUCUCUCUUGAUCUGUCUAGCUUCCAUUGCCGCUACCUUCCUUACAUACAACACUCUAUACUGAUAAUGCAUGCUAUAUCCAAUUCUCACAUUACGUGCAUCAAUCUUGCUCCCCUCUGUUGUAUGUGGGUUGUGCAGUAAUAAGCAAGGCUCAUUAAUUGAUCCACGUCCGGUUAAGGCUUUAUGUAAUUCAUCAGCUGCCAUGUUCUCUAAGAAAAGCAUGGCUCUUGUUUUCUCAUGGUAUUUCUGAGACUAUCCAGGUUAUUCUUGUCCAUGGUCUUGUUUGAUGCCCAGUACCUGUGUGCCCCCAAGAGCCUUCAGCAUGUAACCAAGAGCUAUUCGUGUCGUGGGAUAUCUCCAUGGGAGCGGAGGCUGGAAAGUUACCAGGGUAGCAGAGCGGUUGCAUUUCUGUUCCGUGGGAAUUGAUUAUCUGAGUGCAUUCUCAGAUGUUCCUUGCCACAUCGGUUAUUCACUCAUCACAUGUUAUUUUUUAUGUUUAAAACUACAUAACUUAUUUAUUAACUAUGCUUUGUCCUAGCUUUUUGCUCUGUCAAUUCUGAAGCAUGUUGUCUUAUUCGGUCAAGAAAAGGUGAUCGGAUGUAAGAAGGACACGUUCUUUGUAAUUUUCACAGGUAAUUGAUUUCAUUCGAUUUUUUUGUCUUGGACACAA